AUGUUCUGGGGUAACCAGUCACCCAAAGAACCCGACAGCGCUCCGCUUGAUGCGGAUAAGCGUAGCCCGAGGGCAAAGCUCCCCGCAGAGCUGCAGGAAAUGGUCGACCGAGACGAAUUCUACGAUGACCUCUAUUCGCCAUACUCCAUCGAUUCUACAGAAUCCCCGGUCCGCUAUGCCGCAUAUGCGCAGCGCAUCCGCACCAUCCUCCUCUCUGCCCACCGCUACGUCGCCUACACCUCCGACAUUGGCGAGUCAUUCCGCCCUGUUGCGCACCCAUGGCUCGUUCGCUCCGCCUACGGUAUCUCCUGGGCCUAUCUUCUCGGUGAUGUUGGCCAUGAAGGCUACAAGGCGUAUUUGCGCAACCGCUGCGCAUUGAUUCCACCGGGCGACGCGCACAAGGACGCUAGCAAUGUCACCUCAGAAGAGGUCAUUCGAGGCAUGGCGAUGGGAAACAUCCGCGGACCGUUGUCUAAGGAAGCGCAAGUGGCGCGUGAAAGGGAUUCCUUGACUCCUUGGCCCGAGACGCAAAUCUCGCUGGCGGAGGACUAUCGCAUGGUGAUGGCCAAGCGGGCGGUGUUUCAGAGCAUUGCCAGCAUGGGAUUGCCAGCAUUUACAAUCCACAGCGUUGUGAGAUAUUCUGGCCGUGCAGUCAAGAAUGCGAAGAACCCACUUUUCCGCACAUGGUUCCCCAUCGGUCUUGGUCUCGCCGUCGUGCCUUUCCUCCCAUACCUGUUCGAUCACCCUGUUGAAGAAGCCGUCGACUGGGCCUUUGGCACUGGUCUUCGCAUGUAUGGUGGCGAGGACGCAGUCCGCCCUCUCCCUAGCCACGCACUUCCCUCCCCGCCCGCUUCUCAACAGUCCGAGGGUAUCUCGACCGCAGCGCAGCUUUCGUGGGAACAGCAUAAGGAGGAAAGAGAAAAGGCUCGGGAACUCCGCCGGGAGAUUCAUCGGGAAGAACAUGGGACGAGCGGUUCUCUCUUCAGCUGGUUCUCCGGCUCCAGUGCAGACAAGCCCAAAAAGGACUAG